UCAUGUAUCCCAUGCCAUCCAACAGUAUUCCAACUCACAUCUCAUUUAAAUUUCUCCCUCUUCUUCUCUCUUUCUCUUAUGUACAAAAUCGAGUGCGACUAACAAGUAGAUAAAACCAGAAAGUUCCCUCCUUUUGAAGGGAGUAAGAAAGUAAGUAUCUCACCAACAACAUGGCCAAGUAUUCCAUCUAUUGGGUGGCAAUUUUGUUGUCAUUAUGUUACUGCACAUCAAUGGCAGAUGCAGAAUAUCUGAAAUACAAAGAUCCUAAGCAGCCAUUAGGUGCUAGAAUCAGGGAUCUUAUGAGUCGUAUGACCCUCGAGGAAAAGAUUGGGCAGAUGGUUCAAAUUGAAAGGAGUGUUGCCUCUGGUGAAGUCAUGAAGAAUUACUUCAUUGGGAGUGUACUAAGUGGAGGAGGAAGUGUUCCUGCUGAGAAGGCUUCUCCUGAGAGUUGGAUCAAUAUGGUUAAUGAGUUCCAAACUGGAUCUCUCUCGACUCGUCUUGGCAUUCCUAUGAUUUAUGGGAUUGAUGCUGUUCAUGGUCACAACAAUGUCUACAAGGCCACCAUUUUCCCUCACAAUGUAGGCUUGGGAGCUACUAGGGACCCUGAACUUGUUAAAAGAAUUGGUGCUGCAACUGCUUUAGAAGUUAGAGCUACUGGCAUUCCAUAUGUUUUUGCACCUUGUAUCGCGGUUUGCAGAGAUCCUAGAUGGGGGAGGUGUUAUGAGAGUUAUAGUGAAGAGCCAAAAAUUGUCCAAGAGAUGACUCAAAUAAUAUCAGGUUUACAGGGUGAAAUCCCACACAACUCCAGAAAGGGUGUUCCCUUUGUUUCUGGACAGAACAAGGUUGCUGCUUGCGCUAAGCACUACGUUGGUGAUGGUGGCACAACCACGGGAAUUAACGAGAAUAACACAGUUAUAGACUUUCAUGGGUUACUCAGCAUUCAUAUGCCAGGCUAUUAUAACGCAAUUAUCAACGGCGUUUCUACAAUCAUGGUUUCCUACUCGAGCUGGAAUGGUGUUAAGAUGCAUGCUAAUCAUAAUCUUGUAACCGGUUUCCUUAAGAACACAUUGAAAUUCAGGGGAUUUGUGAUCUCCGACUGGGAAGGCCUUGACAGGAUCACUUCACCACCACAUACUAACUAUUCAAUGUCUGUACAAGCUGGAAUUUAUGCCGGCAUUGACAUGGUCAUGGUUCCUCACAAUUAUACAGAAUUCAUUGAUGACCUAACCUUCCAUGUGAAAGAAAAGCAUAUCCCAAUGAGCAGAAUUGAUGAUGCAGUAAAAAGAAUUCUGAGGGUCAAGUUUCAGAUGGGUUUAUUUGAGCACCCAUUGGCUGAUACAAGUCUAGUCCACCAGCUUGGAAGUCAGGAACAUAGAGAAAUAGCAAGGGAAGCAGUGAGGAAAUCACUGGUGCUGUUGAAGAAUGAAAAGGUGGGUGAAAAGCCAAUGCUACCCCUUCCUAAGAAAGCAGCUAAGAUACUUGUGGCCGGAAGUCAUGCUGAUAAUCUGGGUUACCAAUGUGGUGGAUGGACUAUUCAAUGGCAAGGACUUGAUGGAAACAACCUCACUCAAGGGACAACAAUCCUCACUGCCAUAAAGAACACAGUCGAUCCAAAGACAGAAGUAGUGUACCAACAGAACCCUGACACCAACUUUGUCAAGUCCAACAAGUUCUCCUAUGCCAUUGUCGUGGUGGGCGAACACCCCUAUGCCGAGACAUUUGGUGACAGCUUGAACUUAACGAUAGCUGACCCAGGCUACAGCACGAUAACAAAUGUUUGUGGGGCAGUAAAGUGCGUUGUCGUUGUCGUUUCAGGAAGGCCUGUCGUAAUCGAGCCAUAUGUUUCAAAGAUGACCGCCCUUGUAGCUGCUUGGCUACCAGGAACAGAGGGUCAGGGUGUUGCUGAUGCUCUGUUUGGUGAUUAUGGUUUCACAGGCAAGAGCACUAGGACUUGGUUUAAGACCGUUGAUCAGCUUCCUAUGAAUGUAGGUGAUCCACAUUAUGACCCACUUUUCCCAUUCGGGUUCGGACUUACCACAGAGCCUAGCAAGAUAUACUAGAAUCCUCAGGUAGCCUUUGGCCUUGGUUUGAAAACCUAGUCAUUCUUCUAUUUUUCCCAUUUUUGUUGUGAACAAUAAAUAUCAUGAUAUAGCAAAAGGAAAGAUCUGUAUUGUGCCAUGGAUAGGUAACGUGAUCUUUUCUUGAA